AUGGAUCAAACCUCACUAACCAGGCUAUUGCAACUAAAAACUGAAUAUAGUUUUGAAGAGAUAUCUAAAAAACCUAUUUUUCGUAUUUUUUCUACCAGAAAUGAGCCUUAUUUAUACCAAUCCAUGUCAAGAAGUGAAUCACUUUCUUUUAUUGACAACACAAAAAUUCUAGAAUUGAUUGGUACUGGUUAUGGACAAAAAGUCGGGUUUAAUGAUAACAGCAAAACCUGGUUUGUUGAGCUUUGGAUCAAUAAAAUUGUAGUUAAAAUCUGGAAAAGCCCUGAUCGUGAAUGAGGAGAAUUGAUACAGCCAGUAGAUAAUGGAUCAACGACUGAAAGAUGGAAUUAUUUACCAUAUGAGCAGGAAUAUGAAAUGUUUCAUUUGAGUCCUGAAAAUGAUUAUGGAUUUAAGUGUGGGAAAAAUAAUGACUGUGAAUGAAAAGAAAUAUGGCAUACCAGGCCAACAAGUAAAUUUUUAGAAAAAUAUUGGAUUUCUCCAAAUAGUAAAUGGGGAGAAAAAGAAGGAAAAGAAGAUGACAGGACUUGGGGUGAGAAAUGGUACGAAAACUAUGACUCCAGAGAAUCUUCAUCCUGGAAUGAGCAAAAUGAAAGAAAAUGGGGCAGAGUGGAAGGAAAGCAAGGAAACACUACCUGAAAUGAAGAGUGGUCUAUUGAACCUGAAAGAAAAUUCAAUAACAAAUGAUGGGCAGAUGGAAUAAAAAAAUGGGGUAUAAAAUCAAUAAUAGAAGGAAUAUCAGAAACUCAUGAAGAAUGGGAAGAAAUAGGGACUUCUAGGAAGUUUAAGAUUACAAAAGAUGAUGGAUUUGGACAUAAAUCAAUAAUUACCGAGGGAUAUGGAGAUGAGUAUAAGUUUAAAGAUGAAUUCACAGAAGAUGUUAGCACUGGUGAAAUGAUGACACAAAAGCAAGGGUAUAGCAACAAAAGAACAUGAAGCAGCAUAAUAAAACAGUCUCGGGGGAAGUUUUAUGUUCAUCAUAUAGGCCAAGACGCGAACUCUUCUUGGGAAGAAACCUGAAAUGAAGAACCAGGAUUCAAAUGGGCCAGGAAAAAAGGAAGUAGUCCAGAAUGAGGAUCAUGAGAAGAAUACUGAAAAGAAACCUCAGACACCAAAGAAUGCAAGAAAUGGGGCAAAAAUGGUGAAGAAUGAUUUGAAGAGUGAAAAGAAGACUCAACCAACAAAUAUUGCAGAAAAGAACAAAGAAAGCAUGGCAAAAUUUAUAUCCAAGAAUGAAAAGAAAUCUAUAAAGAUGAAAAAAUGAUCACAAAGGGCUGCUUCCUUGAAGAUGGAAUUCCAGUAAAAGAGUGGGACGACAUCGUUAUCCUUUCAUAA